AUGCAGCGAAAGUUAUUUCGCGGACUCACUAACAAAAUGACAAUAUUUCAGAUUGCAACUAAUGAUAUGGGUGAAGAAAUAGAUAUCAAUUACUUAUCGGACGACAAAAAAAUAAAGAAGGAGAAAAAGCGUGAAUUCGAUUUUUCACGGUAUCCGAAACGGCGGAUUGCCCUGAUGUUCAUGUAUUUUGGUUGGGAAUAUAAUGGAUUGGUUGAGCAACGAGAAAUUUCUGGAACUGUUGAGGAAGAAAUAAAGAAGGCUUUGUUGAAGACGAAGCUUAUCGAAAGUUGGGAAACUUGCGAUUGGAAUCGGAGUGGUCGGACCGAUAAGGGAGUAUCUGCUUUCAAACAGGUUGCCUCUGUCAUUGUAAGGUCGAAUGAACCAAAGGAAGAAGGGUCUACUAUCGCUCAUACAUCAUCCGAAACUGCUGUGAAUGGAGAGCUUCAGUACGUGAAAAUGUUAAAUAGUACAUUAUCAACCAAUAUUCGGGUGCUAGCUUGGUCUCCAGUUCCUAAAGAUUUCAGUGCCAGAUAUAAAUGCACUCAACGUACUUACAUGUAUGCUUUUCCCCGAGCCAAUUUGAAUGUUGAGGCAAUGCGACAAGCUUGUCAAUUUCUCGUUGGCAAACACGAUUUUCGUAAUUUCUGUCGUAUCGACAUGAACAAAGAAAGAGUGGAAAUGAAUUAUAUUCGAACUAUCACUUAUGCUGAUAUAUCAUUCAUAUUAAAUAAUUCAUUACCAACACCAAAACUAAGCGAUGAAGCUACUUGUUAUGAAUUUCUGCAACUUACUAUCAAAGGAAGCGGUUUUCUUUGGCAUCAGAUUCGUUGUAUAGUGGCUCUACUGUGUGAAAUUGGCCACGGUAAUGAAAAGCCAGAGGUUAUCACUGAACUUCUCGAUAUCAGGCUUACACCUUCUAAACCAAUUUAUGGAUUAGCUCCGGCUUUUCCGUUGUGCUUGUUUGAUUGUGUGUAUGAUGAGAUGGAGCUUUCUUGGAGAUGGGAUAUUAAUUCUCUGAAAUCUAUCAGAAAACUUCUUCUGAAAACUUGGGCUCAUUAUCAAUCUCUGUCAGCCACAUUACAACUUAUGGCUGAAGGUAUCGGUGUUCUUGCACCAGUAUUGCAGAAUGACUACAGCGGUCUAGAUGAUUAUUUAAGACCAAGUGGAACUUCGAAAACAUAUGUACCCAUCAAAAAGCGGCCCACAUGUGAUGCCUUAGAGUUGAAGCGGGAGAAAAUUCGUGCAAAAAUGUCAAAAAUCGUUAUUAACGCCACAGAUAAUUGUGAUAUUAUGUCAUGA